AUGUCUGACCCUCCCUACGCGCUCUUCGUCCUCGACAAGAACAUCACCAACGAGUAUCUCGACUCCGUCCUUGAGCGCGCCCACCAUGGCGACGGUGGUGUGGACUGGAACUUCUGGGUCGCGACCGGUUCUUAUGAAGACCUACCCGCAUGCCCCGAAGUCCACAAGCCCUCUCCAGACACCGGCACCCAGCCCCCCGUCGCAUCCUCCUUCGUCUCGCCCUGGCUCGGCAAGACGCCCGAAGAUUGCGCAAAGUGGUUGCUGGCGAUGCCGCGCACCCAAGAUACGGAUGAGAAGAAGUUUAGGGUUGACACGCCUGUGAGCGACCUGUACUUUGUUUUCCUCAACGAAUUCUCCAAAAACGAAGAUCUCGUCUUCGUCGCGCGCGUUGUCGAGGAAGAUGGAAAAGAGAUGAGAGUUGAGUAUUUUCCGCAGUCGGCGGACAAAGUACAGAAACAGAUGUGGACGAUUUUGCAGUUCGACGAGAGAGCGAUCAACUACCAGCGCAGGCAGUUCAGCAACGGGGAGCCAGAUCGAAGUCAGUACAAAGCGCCCAAGGACUAG